AUGCGCGAAGAGCCUGAGAUUUCCCUGCAGUCGGCUGCACGCUUGCCAAUAUUUCCGACAACUCAACAAAAGGAAAUCCAACCAGCACGACCGUGCCACGUCGUACGAUCGAACAGUCGCCUGCAUACACCCAUCGAGAGCGGAGCCUCGCUCGAUCGCGUCUCGCCAGCCGACAUCAGCAGCUCGCCGAGCCGGAUAAAUCAGCGCUCGGAAACGGUAAUUUACGUAAGGGGCACGAGGCCGGACAGGACGGCACGAUACGCCGCAAAGCCCGAACGAAACUACCGAUUGGCAAGCCGUCCAGCGAGCGUCCCAAAAGUGUCUGGUUCACCUCACCAAGCUCGUGACGCCAAGGUCGACGGCGAAACACCGCCAGCCGCGUUUGAGGCCCGACGCGCACACGGAGGCAGGCCAGCGCCGUGUCGAAGGACGAGCCCGAUCUAAAGCGGACGCGCGAGGCAAAACUCGAGAGUGGAGGCGGCAGGAGAGACGCAUCGCAUGCCAAAAAUCACAAGAGAUUGAGGGUCACCACACACACGCAC